AAGUGGCAAGUGUGCAACUUUAACUUUAGAAUUAACUAUUUGUCGUUUGUAGUUCUGCUUUAUUUCAAGAAAUAUUUUUUAUUGUCAAAGUAAAAUUGUUGCAUAUAGAAAUCGCACAAUAAACCCAAUUUAUAUUGUAGUCUAAGCGUGGCUAACCAAGGUACCAAAAGUUCUCUACUAUUAUAGGAAAAUGAGCAGUUCUGAGGAGGUCUCAUGGAUAUCUUGGUUUUGUGGUCUACGAGGAAAUGAAUUCUUUUGCGAGGUGGAUGAAGACUAUAUACAGGAUAAAUUCAAUCUAACAGGCCUUAAUGAGCAAAUUCCACGAUAUAGACAAGCCUUGGAUAUGAUAUUAGAUUUAGAACCUGAUGAUGAAAUAGAUGAUAAUCCAAAUCAGUCAGAUGCAAUAGAACAAGCUGCAGAGAUGUUAUAUGGUCUAAUUCAUGCCAGAUAUAUUUUAACAAAUAGAGGUAUAGCUCAAAUGAUAGAAAAAUACCAAUCUGGAGACUUUGGAUAUUGCCCUAGAGUUUACUGCGAUAGUCAGCCUAUGCUGCCAUUAGGUCUUUCUGAUGUGCCUGGAGAGGCUAUGGUAAAGUCCUACUGCCCUAAAUGUAUGGAUGUUUACGUACCCAAGAGUUCAAGACAUCAUCACACGGAUGGUGCCUACUUUGGCUCUGGCUUUCCACACAUGUUAUUUAUGGUUCAUCCUGAAUAUAGACCAAAACGGCCAGCAAAUCAAUUUGUACCAAGAUUAUAUGGCUUCAAAAUACAUCCACUCGCAUAUCAAAUUCAGCAGCAAGCUAACUCAACUUUUAAAGCCCCUUUGCGGAUUCUCAACUUUAACAAUGGAAAACGUUAGCUGUAUAAUGAAAAGUAAAUUCUAAAAGCAUAAAAAUAACCUAAUAAUAAAUUCAUAAUUUGACUUACAUACACCUGUUUUUAUAUGGUAUUCGUACAUAUAUUGUUAAAAGUGAUCUUUUCCUGCAG